UGCGUUGUCGGAGCUUGUCAUGGAGGACUCAAAAAGCAAAGAGAAGAAGCCGGCUGAAAAAUCCGAUGGGAAUGAAAAGAACAAGGAAAAGGACUCGCAGCCUCCGGGGAAGGAUAAAGAGAAAAAAGAGGAGCAAGAAUUGUCUGAGGAAGAUAAGCAGUUACAAGAGGACUUGGAAAUGAUGGUGGAGAGACUAGGCGAAAAGAACACAGCUUUGUACCGUCCUGCAUUGGAAGAGCUGCGCAGGCUAAUUCGCUCUUCAACCACUUCCAUGACAUCAGUACCCAAACCUCUAAAAUUUUUGCGCCCACAUUAUGGCAAACUUAAAGAGAUCUAUGAAGGCAUGGCCGCAGGGGAAAACAAGCAUUUUUGUGCCGAUGUGGUAUCGGUGCUGGCCAUGACUAUGAGUGGGGAGAGGGAGUGUCUCAAGUAUCGCCUGCUGGGCUCCCAGGAAGAGCUGGCUUCCUGGGGACAUGAAUAUGUUCGGCACCUGGCUGGUGAGGUGGCUAAAGAGUGGCAGGAGGUAGAGGAGAAUGAUAAGACCCAGCAGGAGACAUUGCUGAAGCUGGUGAAGGAAAUCGUACCUUACAACAUGGCACACAAUGCUGAACACGAGGCUUGUGACCUAUUGAUGGAAAUUGAGAGGCUGGACAUGGUAGACGAAUACAUUGAUGAGAAUGCCUACGGCAAGGUUUGCCUCUACCUCACAAGUUGUGUGAGCUAUGUUCCGGAGCCAGAAAAUUCUGCACUGCUGCGAUGUGCCUUGAAAAUCUUCAGGAAGUUCAACCGGUAUCCCGAGGCUCUUCGAUUGGCUCUAAUGCUCAAUGAUGUGGAGCUUGUAGAAAACAUCUUCACAUCCUGCAAAGACAUAGUUAUUCAGAAGCAGAUGUCUUACAUGCUUGGUCGCCAUGGCAUGUUCUUGGAGCUUAAUGAGGACGUAGAAGAUUAUGAGGACCUGACAGAGAUUAUGUCCAAUGUGCAGCUCAACAGCAAUUUCUUGGCCCUGGCCAGGGAGUUGGAUAUCAUGGAACCCAAAGUCCCAGAUGACAUCUACAAAACACACCUGGAAAAUAAUAGAUUUGGAGGUAGCGGUUCCCAAGUGGACUCAGCCCGCAUGAACCUGGCCUCUUCCUUUGUGAAUGGCUUUGUUAAUGCAGCAUUUGGACAGGACAAGCUAUUAACAGAUGAUGGCAAUAAAUGGUUGUACAAAAACAAGGACCAUGGUAUGUUGAGCGCUGCAGCCUCUCUCGGGAUGAUCUUGCUGUGGGAUGUGGAUGGCGGCCUCACCCAGAUUGAUAAAUAUCUUUACUCAUCUGAGGACUACAUAAAGUCUGGUGCUCUCCUUGCCUGUGGCAUCGUAAACUCAGGUGUGAGAAAUGAAUGUGACCCAGCCCUCGCCCUGCUCUCAGACUAUGUCCUGCACAACAGUAAUACCAUGAGGAUAGGCGCCAUUUUUGGAUUGGGUUUAGCUUAUGCUGGCUCCAAUAGAGAAGAUGUCCUGUCUCUGCUUCUUCCAGUCAUGGGAGACUCAAAAUCCAGCAUGGAGGUGGUUGGCGUGACUGCAUUGGCAUGUGGUAUGAUCGCUGUGGGGUCGUGUAACGGUGACGUGACCUCCACCAUAGUGCAGACCAUCAUGGAGAAGAACGAACAGGAGCUGAAAGACACUUAUGCCCGCUGGCUCCCUCUUGGUUUAGGACUCAACCACUUGGGUAAAGGAGAGGCCAUUGAGACCACUCUGGCAGCUCUCCAAGUUGUUCCUGAACCUUUCCGCAGCUUUGCCAACACGCUAGUCGAUAUCUGUGCUUAUGCAGGUUCUGGCAAUGUGCUUAAGGUGCAGCAGCUUCUCCACAUCUGCAGUGAGCACUAUGAGGCCAAGGAGAAGGAGAAAGAGGAGGACAAGGACAAGAAAGAUAAAAAGGACAAAGAUAAGAAGGACACAGCUGACAUGGGCUCACACCAGGGGGUAGCUGUUCUUGGUAUAGCCCUCAUUGCGAUGGGGGAGGAGAUCGGUUCUGAAAUGGCACUACGGACGUUUGGACAUCUGCUGCGUUACGGUGAGCCCACUCUGAGACGAGCGGUGCCUCUUGCUCUGGCUCUCAUCUCUGUGUCCAACCCUCGUUUGAACAUCUUGGACACCCUCAGCAAGUUUUCCCAUGAUGCUGACCCCGAGGUCUCACACAACUCUAUCUUUGCCAUGGGCAUGGUGGGCAGUGGAACAAAUAAUGCCCGCCUGGCUGCAAUGCUGCGGCAACUGGCACAGUAUCAUGCCAAAGACCCCAACAAUCUCUUCAUGGUUCGACUGGCUCAGGGUCUGACUCACCUGGGCAAAGGCACACUGACACUCUGUCCCUACCAUAGCGACAGGCAGCUAAUGAGUCAGGUUGCUGUGGCUGGGCUGCUCACUGUGCUUGUCUCCUUUCUUGAUGUCAAGAACAUAAUCCUGGGGAAAUCUCACUACAUUCUUUACGGCCUGGUAGCAGCCAUGCAGCCGCGUAUGCUCGUCACCUUUGAUGAGGAACUUCGACCACUGCCCGUGUCUGUCAGAGUUGGUCAGGCCGUGGACGUUGUGGGCCAAGCAGGCAAACCCAAGGCCAUUACAGGUUUCCAGACCCACACCACACCAGUUUUGCUGGCGCAUGGUGAGAGAGCGGAGUUGGCCACAGAGGAGUACUUGCCUGUUACCCCCAUCCUGGAGGGCUUUGUUAUCCUUCGCAAGAACCCCAACUAUGAAACCUAGACUGUCCUCAACCCCCUUCCCCCGCCCUCCAACUCUCCUUGUAUUUUCAAGGUUGACCCGCCAUGGCUCUUUGCUAUUGUUAUAACUUGUUUUACUACAUUGCUGGAAAGAGCAAUGGUGUGAUGCCUGUGGCCAGCCUGAGCUGUCUUUAAAAAUGGAUGGAUUUUUGGGGCUGUGGAUAAUUGGAUUGCAGUGACAUAGGUGGAGGUUCACUCUGACCUAAUCCACUCAACAUAGGUUUUCCCUGGACCAGCUAUUGACAAUUCAAACAUCUUCAAUCCAACACCCAUUCACAGCCCUCCUGUAAAUGUUUAUCAGAACAUUCACUCAGCCUUUUAAGUGCAACAGAUGUUUUUGUCCCCACUAUUUACAUCAAAUUUUUAGGCUAAAUAAAUCAUUAAACAGUUAUUUUUUGCCAACUUUUUUGUUGUUCUUUUUUUUUUAGUUUUGUUACACGACUGUAAAAGGUUUGUUCAAAAAUAAAAUGUGGAUCCACA